AUGACUGAACAUAUUGAACUCAAGCAACUUAACAAUAAUCUUCGUUAUCGUUUCGAUUAUUUAUCCAAAUUUCUUAAUUUUACAUCGGAUGAUAUUCAAUUGCUUAAUAGAUUUGCAGUUAUUCUUCUUCCACGUAUUCCCGUUGUUGCUGAUACUGUCUAUAGAAAAUUACUUGGAUUUGAUAUAACAAAACAAUAUUUUCUUAUUCGUAAUGAUGGUUUUGAAGGUAAUAUAAUAAAAAAACCUACAAGUUUAACAACCGAGUCAGCACAAAUGACAUUUCGAAAAGAUAUGUUAAGUCGAUAUUUAAAACGUGUAUUAACACAAACUGAUUGGAAUGAUACAUUUCUUCAAUUUUUAUCACAAGUUGGUAAAAUGCAUACAGAUCAAUCUGGUUCCGAAUCAAUUAAUGUUGAUUAUAUUCAUAUAAAUGCAUUAUUUGGUUAUCUUGAACAUUUAUUAUUAGAUAUUCUAUGGAGUCAUGAAAAUCUUGAUGAUAAAACGAAAAAUUUAAUGUUUAUGGCAAUAAAUAAAUAUUUUUGGAUACAAAAUGAUUUUUUUACAAUGCAUUAUUUAAAAGUAUGGAAUGAAGAAGAUUCAACUUCAAAUGAACCAGUAGUAAAUAAAACAAAAUAUUGUUGUCUUUAA